AUGGGGUCCGGCGCCUGGCGCCUCCUGGUACUAAACCUGCUGCUGCUCCUGCUGGCACAGCCGCUCAGGGCCCAGACAGGCACACACUGCUAUGGAAUCCCUGGGAUGCCGGGCCUGCCCGGGGCCCCCGGGAAGGACGGGUAUGACGGGCUGCCAGGGCCCAAGGGCGAACCAGGAAUCCCAGCUACCCCUGGGACCCGAGGACCCAAGGGCCAGAAGGGAGACCCCGGCACGCCUGGCUAUCCUGGGAAAAAUGGCCCCAUGGGGACCCCGGGGAUUCCGGGGGCUCCCGGCACCAUGGGCCCCCCCGGGGAGCCGGGUGUGGAGGGCAGGUACAAGCAGAAGCACCAGUCCGUUUUCUCGGUCACGCGGCAGACUGUCCAGUUCCCGGCGGCCAAUGGCCUGGUCAAGUUCAACGAGGUCAUCACCAACCCGCAGGGGCAUUACGACAGGGACACUGGCAAGUUCACCUGCAAAGUCCCGGGCCUCUACUACUUCGUCUUCCACACGUCGCACACCUCCAACCUGUGCGUGCUGCUGUUCCGCAGCGGCUUCAAGGUGGCCACCUUCUGCGACCACAUGACCAGCAGCAAGCAGGUCAGCUCGGGCGGCGUGCUGCUGCGGAUGCAGGAGGGCCAGCAGGUGUGGCUGGCGGUCAACGACUAUAACGGCAUGGUGGGCACGGAAGGCUCUGACAGCGUCUUCUCCGGCUUCCUGCUCUUCCCUGACUAG